GUCAAACACUCGGCAGAUUAAAGCAAAAGCGAUUCGACCAAUCAAAUUUUUUGUAUACAAAUAUGGAGUCUGCGAGAUAAAAGACAGCACAUUUUUCGAAUGUAAAAUCGUUUAAGAAUCAGUCCGGUUUUAAUCCAUUUCAACAGAACUGAUUCGAAUCACGCAUCUCAACAAUGAAGAGCUGUAUACAGGUUCAGACAGCAAAGUAACAAACUGGAGAGUUGGUGCAUGAGUUGAAAUGUCAAGAGCUGUGAUCCCACCAAUGUCAAUAUCAAUGGAGGGGCCCUCAUCGCAACAGACUCUGGAGGUUCUAGAGAAACGCUUAGAGGCUGCAGAACAUGACACACAAGACUUGAUUGAAAAAUUGGGAACAAUGGGGUUUGGAAAAAAUACUCGACCAGCAGAAAGAGAUGUGAUGGAUCAAAGGGAAGUUAUUUCCCCUUACCAAGCUCAAAUAGUGGAUGUAGAUAUUCUAAAGGAUAAUUAUGAAACACUUGUGUCAAGAGUGUGUAAAACGGAGAGUGUAAUUCAGACCCUGAAAUUGAACAUGAUAAAUUUACAAGGUGACAGGGAUUUGAAAAUGAAAUGUUCAGAUGAAGAUUAUGAGCAAAAGUAUGAUAUGUUAAAAGAGACAUAUGAACAAGAAUUAGGAAAAAUGAGAAGAAAACUCAAUCAGGUGACAGAGGACUUAAAAACAGAACACGAGGCAAGACUAAAGGCCAAGGAAGAAAUAAAGCAACUGAAAACAGAACUGGAUAAUGCUACUGUUUCAAAAGAAACUAUUUGUGCUGCAACAGAUGAGUUGUCCUCGCAGAAAUCUAAAUUCCAAAAACGUAUUAAUGAAUUGCGAGAAGAAAUCGAGAGAGAGAGAAGUUUACGACAUAGUUUAGAAGAAUCUCAUAACACUUUAUUAGCCAGAAUAAGGGAAAUGGAAUCGAUUGUUGAGUCAGAGAGUAAAGAGGUAAAAACUUUGUCAAAUGACUGUGGCAAUUUGAGGAGUGAUGCAGUAAAAGUACGUGAAGAAUUGAGAUAUGAGAAAUCUCAGAGGGAAUUGUAUGAGUCACAGUUCACACAAACCAGUCAGGAGAAUGAACAACUCAGAAAGAACUAUGAAUCUGCCGAAUCUGACAGGAAGUUGUUGAUAACGGAGAUGCAACGGCUGAGAACUCAGUAUGAGGACCUGAUAAAGCAACUGGAACAGACCCAAGUCAUUGUGGACCAGCAAAAGUCCAAUAACACCAAGCUAGAACAAGAGAAUGAACAUCUUAACAAAAUCCUCAGUUCUGCCUCCGAGGAGAAGGAGCGAAUCAAGUCCAUGCAUGAACGUGAACUAGAGUUGAUGUGUGCCUUUGACAUAGUACAGGCAGAGAAAAAGAGAGUGAAUGAAAAACAAAAGUUUGAAGAGGAAGCACUGCAGAGUAAACUCAAAGUACAGGAACUUACGUCACAGAAUGAAACUCUCAAGAAAAAAUUGGCUCAUUCUGAAAAGGAGUUACAGAGUCUGAGCAAGAAGUAUGUUGCCAAGGAUGAGGAAUACAACAUGGCCUCAGAGGGGCUGGAGAAGGAACUGAGCGCACUCAAACACAAGUAUAGCCUGGUCAGCAAGGAGAAACUCAAACUCACCAAGGACAAAGAGAACCUGCUUGAAGAGGUCAGUCAGACAGUUGACACCAUGCAGGAAGAACACAGCAAACUGACCAAUGAAAUUCAUCAGCUAAAAUCUGAGCUGGAAUCACAGACCAAGAGGAGGAACGCCUUGGAGCAGGAAAAUGCUUCUCUGCUGGAGAGGGUGUCUCAGUUUGACCAGCAGAGGGAUUCCCAAAGCAGAGUGGAGAAGGUGAUGAAAGACAUGAUGGAGCAGAAGAAUAAGCUAGCAUACGACAAUGGUCGUCUACAGACGGAGGUACAGGAGCUCCGCGGUCAGGUGGACAUCCUCAAAAUCUCCAGCACUGACGCCGAGCAGCUCAGGGCCAAGAACAGCAGCCUACAGUCAAGAUAUGAUUUAGCUCAAAAGGAAAUCAGCGAUUUAAAGAUCAAUGUUCAGAGAAUGGAAAACCAGCUCCGCACUUCCCAGGGUUCCAUGGAAACCAGGGAACGAGACUACACAUUUGCCAUAACAACACGUGAUGAGGUGCUUAGAGAGAAAUCAGGAUUGAUGGAGAAACUGAAAGAAGUGGAAGAAAGGGAAAAGAAAAAGAUAACAGAGGCAGAAUUAGAGGUGAGCAGUCUCCAAAAAAAUUUGGAUGAUGCGAAGGCGGUCAACAAGGAGAUAGCUGCCACCCUGGAGGCAGUCAUGUCCUCUCAUUCCCAGCUACAGUCCGUGGUGGAGGGACUGCAGGUCGAUCUCGGGAAGAAGGACUCGCAGAUGGCUCACCUCAAGUCAGAAAAAAACAAGGAGCAGGAGGAAUGGAAGCGCGAGAUGAGGAAGUUCGAGGAGCGAAUGGAGGCCCUCCGAGGGGACCUGAAAAAGGAGCGAGAUAAAUCACAGCGCAAAAAUCUCAAAGACAUAGGCGAGAUUAAGAAACAGAAUGAUAACCUACAAACAAGGAAUAUGGAGUUGGUGAAGGCGAACACGGAUCUACGCCACAAGCAGUCUGACUCUGACAACCUGAUCCAAAACUUAAAGGACAAAGUGUCGGAGCAGAAGAAGAGGAUAGAGUAUCUGAACAGGUCAAAGAAAGACCUUGAAGAAAACUCAGAGAGGAUGAAGAUGAUGCGGGAGGAGAUUGAAGAAUUAGAGAAACUACGAGAUGAGUACAUUCACAGAAAUGCUGAACAAGGGGAGAUGAUCAAUUCAUUCAUGAUACAGAUUGGCUCGCUCCAAGACGAGCUUAAACAGCUUGCUCAGGCUCAGCUCAGAACAAAUGACCUUGUCAAGCAGAGAGACAAGGCUCUGGAGAAAGAAAAAAUGCUGAAGGAUGAGCUCAAGAAAAAAUACAAGAAUUCAUCUGAUGCAGACAAUGGACAACAUAAGCAUAAAUCUAAGGUAGUGGAUUCAAGACGCCAUCAAGAAGAAGUGGAGAAGAUGAGAAGAGAGACAGAGGAUCGGCUCCGAAGAGCUCAGAAUGAGUCAAUAGAGGUAUCAGGUCAUCUGCAGGAUGCGCAUGAAUGGUUCAAGUCAAAAUUUGAUAAGCUGCAACAGGAGAUACUAGACUCAAGAAAAACCCAGAAUGUAUUAGAAAGUGAGAACCAAGAGCAUAAGCGACAACUGGAGUCAGAGCGAUGGAGAGCCCACGCUGCUGCAGAGAAAGCCAGGGACAUGAUAAAGGCAUGUCAAAGUGAAAAGAAGCAGAAAAACGGGACCAGCAGACAGACAAUCAACCAGCUCGCUAACUAUGCAGAAAUAGCAGACACGGACACUAAACACCAACUGCUGAAACUUCAGGCCGAGCUGGAGCAGGAGAGAGACCACGCCAAGUACCUGGAAAUGAAGCACCAAAAAUAUAAGGAGGCUAGUGCAAGACAGCUGGAACAGCUUCUGACUGAGUUUCAUCACUAAUUUUUUUAAGAUCGCAAGUGUGCAGUUCUCUUCAGAUAUUUUCAUCAGAAGAGGUUGUACCCGUAGCAAACAAGUGGUGAACCCCGAAUACAGCAUUCCCCAGUGGUAUUGCCUCCAGACAAUCCCUCAAUUCACAAAAAGACAGGCUGGCCAAAAAAAAAAAAAAAAGCUUCAGGCAUCAGACAACAUAUCAGGAGUAACUGUUCUUUUGCAGCUAUUUUGUGUAAUGUAUGUUGGAGUGACUGCCAAGUGUUUUCUCUUUUCUAGUCUAGUAUCUCUGUGUCUAUGGAGCCUCAUUCGUCAGGGAACAUUCCUAUAUAAAACAUUCCAGUCUGUUAUAUUCCAUGAGUGACUACCAUGUAUCUGUGAUAAUCUAUGUGCAGCAAUAUUUAUACUUUUAUGUACUUUUUAAAAAAUAUCAUGUAUAUGUUUAUGUAAAAUAUAUAUGUAUUAAUAAACUAAUUAAUGCAAUA